AUGAUGGCUUCCAACAUGCCUCUCCCUAUUCCUCCACGCACUCCUACUCCGCCGGCGGACGAUUCAUCCUACAAUGCAUUUACAAAUCCUAGAGUUACUGUUGAUCGCGACGCCUUGUCGCCACUGCGGGAAAGUUUCUCCCAAAGCUUCUCGUUAGAGUCAGGCAGUCGAGACCAUCUAAGCCCUACAAAGGGGUCGUUCAAUUUGAGCCCCGGGCCUGCAGAAUCGAAAUCUGAGCAAAAUGGCUCGACCGACUCUACCCCAGCGGGCCCCUUCAAUUUCAAUACCACAGUGAUGGCAAAGAGCCCAGUGGUGAAAUCGAACAUCGGACAACGUCGUGGUCACAAAUAUAAGCACAGUAGUAUUUCGCAUCAAAUAUUCCUUGAGCCACCCCCUCGCGCGCCCUUGGCUCUCCCCAAUUCACUUCCUAUUCCAACCCUCAGUGAAUGCCGUGCCAGCAUGUCCAAGGAGCAGAAAACACGGUUUUGGUGGAGCGUGUGCCAUAUGUUCGUGGCUGCAUAUACACUAUGGACGGCGCAUGGAUCGCUGGCGAUGACUGCGUUGUCUCAUUUGAUUUUGUUUGACUCCUUGGGAGCUCUUCUAUGUGUUGCUGUGGAUGUUCUGGGCAAUUUCGAAGUCUGGAAAAGAUCCAGUAUCCGCCACCCGUUUGGCCUGGAGCGGGCGGAAGUUCUCGCUGGGUUCGCCAUGUGUGUCCUGCUUCUCUUCAUGGGUCUCGACUUGAUAUCCCACAAUCUGCAGCAUUUCUUAGAGAAGUCGGGCCAUGAGCCUCACCAUCCGCACCCCCACGAUCGCGUUCCUUUAGGCAGCGUUGACGUGACUGCCGUUCUGGCUAUUACUUCAACCCUUGUCUCUGCAAUUGGCUUGAAGAACCAUGCGCGGAUUGGAAAAGCCAUGCGUUUUGCAUAUAUCGACUCUCUUCCUUCUGUCCUGAGUAACCCAACUCACUUUUUGACUCUCUCAUGCUCUGUUCUCCUCCUUGUGCUCCCAUUGGUGUCGAUCCAGAUUUACAACUGGCUAGAUAAGCUCCUGUCGGGUACCAUCGCCCUCUCAAUGUGCUUCCUCGGAGUUCGAUUAGUAAAGACAUUGGGCUCAAUGCUUCUGAUGUCGUACUCGGGCCCAGGUGUCGCCGAGGUUAUCAAGGAUAUUGAAGCAGAGCCUUCGGUAUUUGGUGUUGACGACGCACGGUUCUGGCAGGUUCAUUAUGGCCUAUGCAUGGCCAACGUCAAGCUACGUGUCUCGGGCAGUGAGGAUAACAUCUCUCGUCUGCGAGAGAAGAUAUCCAGCCUGAUUCGAAAUCGGCUUGGCGGGGGCUAUGGUACUGGAGGACAGAAAUGGGAGGUCUCCCUUCAGUUCACUAUUGAGCGGACUUGA